CCCUCCCUUGCAGUUGUUGCAGUCAAGCUGCAGCAGAGUGAGUCUUCAUUGUCUUCAUCAUCCUCAACAGCCCUUCCAGCAUUUGGACUGCAUUUCACCAUCUUUCCACAUGAAAACAAUGAUAAUUAUCAUGAUUAAUGGAAAUAAUUAUUGAUCAUUGUUGUUAUUGACAAUCAGUGGAUCACAGCUUUUUCUUCUGCUCACAAAAAGAUGAACACUCUGCAGCUCCCGGUUUAUUAGAGCAGCUGACCAUUUGCAUCUGUUAGGCCCCGCCCCUUGAGUAGCAUGGACGAGUCACAGCGUCCGGGAGAUGGAGAGGACGAGCGCCCAGCGGUCACGUGCCAACCGGGCGACAGCGUCCAACAAGCCCCGCCCCCUGCAACAGGACCCACGGACCACCUGGCAGUGAACGGUGAGACUGGUAACGGCGUGGGUCCUGCCGCACCCUGCGCCCUGACAGCCACAUCCCCGUCCAGCCCGUCCAAAGGGGGUCACGCCAACGGGCGUCCUCGUUCAGGCAGCCGAUCUGGUUCGGUGGCGCCCAAUUCCCCGAGGCCGUCGCUCAACUCUCCACGCCCAUCCAUCGGCCGCCGGCCCAGCGCCGUGCCAGAGGGUCCGGCCCAUGGGUCCAAACCGCCCGACUACCUGAUGCUGGCCAUCCUGUCCUGCUUCUGCCCUCUGUGGCCCAUCAACAUCGUGGCCCUUACCUUCUCCGUCAUGUCUCGCAACAGCCUGCAGCAAGGGAAUGUGGACGGCGCCCGUCGUUUGGGCCGCAACGCCAUGAUUCUGUCCGUGGUGGCCAUCUUGGGGGGCAUCGCCAUCAUCGCAGCGGCCAUCGCGCUCAACCGCGAAUUGAUUUUAAAAUCGGGAUAACGAGCCGGUGCCCCCUUCCACCCGGGAAACCUCCAGCGCCGACUUCCAGUUCCUGCACGACGAGCAUGUGCCUGAUGUUCUACCUCCGCCACGGUAACCCUUGUUGCCAUGGAGACCCACAGCAUCCCUCGAUGUUAGCGGCGGAGAACGUCUUCUGCAUGACCGACGAAAGCAACCCAAACAAGCAUUUUUCGCAUUUGAAUGUUUACAAACCUUCCUUCCGCCUAUUUGUGCCGUCCGUCACCAUGGCGACCGCUCGUCGCAUGUUGGCGGACACGCUUGGGUCACGGAGGACUCUUAUAACGCUGCAUGCUUCCGACCUUUGCCACAUGGCCUCUUUUCAGUAGCACUGUGUAAAUAAGCGUAGCAAUUAACAAUAAUUUUGAUCAUCGAUUAAUCCUUCGAUUAUUUAUUUUCGAUUAAUCGAUAAAUCCGAUAAAUGCGUUUGUUUACCAUUCUUUUCUUCAAAAACAUCAUUUCAAAGGUGCAGAGAAAGCACAAACAUAAAUUGAUUCUGAUUCAGUUCCUGGUUUGUACUGUAACAUCCGUUAGAAUAUUGUGGCAAAAAUCUUAAUCAUUGUUUUCCAACGUAAAAGCAGAUUAUUUUGAAAGAACACAAUCAGUCUGCUUUCACAGAGGACUCACAAAAUAAGCGAACAUUUUCAAGGAAACUGCCACUUUUCCACUUUGGAAAAAAACAAGGUCUAAAUGGUUAAUCGAUGAUCAAAAUAGUUGUUGAAUAAUUUGUUAAUUGAUGAAUCAAUUAAUUGUUAUACUCCUAAUUAGCAUGCUGGUUUACUAAUAAACACUAUGCUAACCACUCACUCGCGCCACCGAGCUAACCCGGGCGCAGUUUGAUCUUGCGCGCGCAUGAAAAUCGUAUUCCGAUCAAUGAGUUCGCCUGCCGCACGAUUGUUUACAGACUUGACGCUAACGUGAUCAUUUUCAGUAUUAGUGACCAAAAAUGUUUGGAUUAAACAAACUUCUUGUGGCUUCUUACGUUGAUUUGUUUACAUUCUGAUCUUGAGAUUUUAUUUUUAAUGAACUCCCUAUUUUCAAUCAUGAAAUUUUGAUUUUGUUUCCAUCUGCCACAAGAUUGUUGACACAAGCUCCGACUUGAAACUAACACGGCCGUUUUCGAUGACCAAAACUGUUUUUAGCAAGACUUGGUCUUGCUUUGAUCAAAUGAAGAAAAUGCUUCAUUUUGAUUUGCUCACAUUUUUAUCUGGAGAAUCUUUUGAAUGUUCAAACGCGUCCACGGCAACACCGUUUGCACUACUUUUAUUUUCUAACAUGUGACCUUUGUAUUUUUCUAUUUCUAUUCUCUUUUGUACCGCCCACUCCGCUGCUUCACGAUUAUUAUGGGAUGUCUAUCAAUGCAUGCACAGAUUUAUAAGAUUUUAAAAUAAAGCUCUCUUUACAUGUGACUGCUGA